CACUCAGAGUGGUUGGUGUUAGGAAGGGCAUCCAGCUGUAGAAACUCUGCUAGAUCAGAUUGGAGUCUGGGUCGCCAGUCCUCAGUCAAAUUGUCCAACAUAGAAGGCGGAUGUUAAACGAUGAUGUCUAGCAUGGAAGGCGGAUGUUAAACGAUGAUGAUAAUAAUUUCCUUUAUUGUUAACACUAGGUAUAGAGAUGACCAUGUCAAUAGCAGAUAACAGUAUUGAAGUUCACACAGCACCAUCCUGUAUUGUAGCUCGGGAAGCAAGCGAGAGGAAGUAUAAUCGUCGUUCUGUCAUUGAAGAGCUGCUGCAGACUUUAAUCAAAGAACAAAUUGAACUUCUGCAAGAUACACAUGGUUCCAGAGGAACAAUACCAAAAACUAUUCAUAAUGUUCUCUGUUCUCAAGCCUGUCACACUGCCAUUAAAUUUGGUACUGCCUUAACACUGAAGGAAUGUAAGGAUUUGAUGCAGAUGCUGCUAAAAUGUAAACUACCAUUCCAGUGUGCUCAUGGGCGUCCAUCUAUGAUUCCUCUGCUUAAUCUUCAAUAUUUUAAAAAUAGCCUUGAAAAAUCGAGGUUCCGUAAAAUAAACCUGCAAAAACUACGAGAAAAUCUUAAAGAGCAACAACAACAACAACAGCAACAACAACAAGGAUUACAUGAAAAGGAGGAGAACUUAUGAUAUUUUGUGAAAAUAUAAAUUA